AUGGCGGAGAAGGAGCGCUCAGCCGAGGAAGCUCGACGGGCAGACAUCGCUCGCAGAUCUCAGCCCUUCACCGCGGACUUAGAGGACGAUGGAGAAGAGGGAAAGUCCGCCGAGGAUACCACGGAGGAGCAGGCCGACGACGGGAAAGCCGCGGAAACAGCCGGUGAGGAGACUAUGAAUGGCUCGGACAGUUCGGGUGUGUCGGAGGAAGACGUCGCACAGACUCAAGUGGCUGAAGAGCCUUCGGAACGGCGUCGUCAAGGAAGGAAAAUGACCGUUUCGGACAUCGAGGAUGAGGUAUUGACUGAAGUUCCUGCAUUUAAGGCUCAGCACAAUUACUGGGCCUCUUUAAUGGUGAGCUUAAAGGAAUACAUGGAGGCUACACGUCAGAAAAUCGUGGUGAAGGAGGUGAUUAACAUCGCUCGUCGUAACGCUCCCCUUUGCAGUCAAGUUCGGUACCAAGGACUUCCAGACUCGAAGAUUUUGCUCGGAUGGUCGGAGCGUGACAGGUCGACGGCUGUUAAACAAGUCAAGCCAUACGACAACAUGGGUGGCAAAAAGAACCUGAAGAAUAGCGAACCCUCCGUUCUCGAGCACUACGUGCGCGCCGCCACUUUUAUUCUGGACUGGCUGUUCCGCGCCCACGAGCAUCUCCACCCGACAGUCAAUGUGCUGAGAAAUUCAAAAGGGGCGAGCCAUACAUGUUGGAUAUCCGAGAUUUCGCCAUGGACUUUGGGUGACGAGGUUGUGGCAACAGCAGCUCCAACGGAGAAGCCGCUGGAGAUCAAGGAGGUGGAAUGCCCAAAGUGGGAUGACUGA